AUGCCAAAUAAGACAUCUAUCACAGAAUUUAUUCUUCUGGGACUUACAGAUGACCCAGAGUUACAAAUUGUGAUAUUUUCUUUUUUGCUGGUAACAUACCUACUGAGUGUUAGUGGAAACAUGACCAUCAUUACAUUGACUCUGUCAAAUGUUCACUUGAAAACUCCCAUGUAUUUCUUUCUCAGGAAUUUCUCUUUCUUGGAAAUCUCUUUUACAACAGUCUGCAUUCCCAGAUUUCUGAUCAGCAUUGCUACAGGGAACACAGCUAUUUCCUACAAUGCUUGCAUGGCCCAAGUGGUUUUUUUGAUCCUUCUGGGAGCAACAGAAUUUUUUCUACUGGCUGCAAUGUCCUAUGAUCGUUAUGUGGCCAUCUGCAAACCUCUGCACUACACAACUAUCAUUAGCAGCAAAGUCUGCAAUCAACUUGUAAUUGCCUCCUGGUCAGCUGGUUUCCUCAUCGUUUUUCCCCCAGUGAUCAUGGGCCUUCAGCUGGAAUUCUGUGACUCUAACAUCAUCGAUCACUUCACCUGUGACUCUUCUCCCAUGCUGCAGAUUGCUUGCACAGAUACAAAGGUUUUAGAGCUGAUGGCAUUUUUCUUAGCAGUAUUCACUCUCAUAGUAACUUUGGCCUUGGUGAUUCUCUCCUACACACUCAUCCUUAGAACAAUUCUGAAGAUACCCUCUGCACAGCAAAGGAAAAAGGCCUUUUCCACUUGUUCCUCCCACAUGACUGUGGUUUCCAUUUCAUAAGGAAGCUGCAUUUUUAUGUAUGUAAAAACAUCUGCUAAAGAAGGUGUGGCACUAAGUAAAGGGGUGGCUGUGCUCAGCACCUCUGUAGCUCCCAUGCUGAAUCCCUUCAUUUACACCCUAAGGAACCAGCAGGUCAAGCAGGCAUUCAAGGACCUCACCAAAAAGACUUUAGGUUUUCUGAGGAACACUCAGAAUAUUCUUUGUAAAAUCUGCACCAUUCUAAUAUUCCCAAUGGCACAUACACACCUUCUAGUUUCUCCUCUGAUACUUGACACCUUUAGCUCCUUUGGGCUGCAGGUCUGCAGGAGCAUGGCAGGACCAAAGAAAACUCCCAACUACAGAAGUCCCUACCUUGGCUCCUUGCACCAUGUCAGGAGAUUCACAACAACCUACAACUCCAAUUCCAGGGUAUCUGGUGCUCUCUUCUAG